GGGAGCCAUGGUGGAGCAGGCGGCAGUCAGAUCUCCAUUUGAAUAGGCUUCCAGAACAGAAACGAGACACACGAAUUGCACACUUAAUGCAAGUAGCAAUCUGGCAUAUAAUUUCACUUGGCCAAAUGUGAUGACGUGGGUCGAAACUGCUGUCCAUUUUGCCGAAAUGUCGGCCAUUGUUAGCUGUACGUCUCAUCUCGUGCAGAAACACUUCAGAGCUAGUAAAGUCGGAAAUGGAGAUCCCUUUGCUCAACUGUUGCAGGAAUUUAGAACACGACAAAGUCUGAGCUUCAUGGCUGUAGCAUCAUUAAUGGUUUAUCGAGCUGGUGCUAUCCCAAGUGUAACUGCAGGAAUACUUCUUGAAUUGCCAGGUGAAGUCUGCGCUUCUUUGUUGCAGUCUAAUGUGCGCAUGGAUUCGUUGCAGUCAUCCAGUGAAAGGUGUGAUUUAAAAUUGAGCUGUUGCAUGCAGUCUUUGGUGCUGAUGUUGUCUUGUAGUGCGGGAGAGUCCCAUGCUUCAAGUCUUCUGGGAUCAGCUAUAUCUGAGUUGACGCUGGAUCAUGCUGCAUUGCGGUUGCCGAAAUGUUGGACAUCUAGUAGAACAGCAAGAAGACUCCUUGAAAUGGUUUAUGUUUACGUAGCAUGUGAUGUUGCUGUCCAAUAUGGCAUAUGUUGUUGCAGCCUAUACUGGUGGAAGAUUUUUUGCAUCGAGUUAUGGCUGUUCCUUUGUGCCGGACUGCUGCCGUUUAUAUGUGGAAAAGGAACAGAAAAGUUCGUUGGUGUUGAAUCGCUGGUGUUUUGCUAA